ACGCGAACGCGAUACGGGACGAGAGGUACGUGCUCAGAAAAGGUUGACAUUGGAAAAGCAUUUCACGGUGGUUUUGCAGAACCGUUAAUUAACGAAGCCUCGUCCUAAAGCCCGAGCCUUUUUGGCGGGUGAUCAACCCAACUAACAACAGUUUUCACGGAGGAGGCAACCGCCGUCACUUCUCGCCGGAGACCCUGUUCCCUGAUCCGCCCCUGCUCCCCGCAGAGUUUGUCUGCAACAGCUGCUGUUGAAAGAAAGAGACUCGCUCUCUCGCUCAUAUGGGGAAGAAGACCGCCGAGGAGAGAAGACAUCAACCGCGCACUGACCCAAUAGAAAAAGGAAAAGGGUAGAAGAAAAAGCGAGCCCACGCCCUUAGAAGAAAAAAGGGCAAGAGAGAGAAGCAGAGACCCGUUUGGAAUUGGGGAUUGGAAUCUCUGUCUAUAGAGAGAGAGAGAGAGAGAGAGAGAGAUGGAAAGGGGGGAGAAAAGUGGGGAGAGGGAAGCAGAAAAGGAGGAAAAUUUGGGGGAAAAGUUGAGGAGAAGGGUCCUGCUAGUGUCGAGGAGGAAGGGGGGCCCAUCUACUCCAGUCCGCCUCCUUGUGUUUGCGCGUGAGCCCAUCAUUACUCUCAACACCUCUGCAACUGCAAACCCUUCUUCUUCUUCCUCCUCCUCCUCUCGUUGUAUCUCUGCCAGGAAGCUCGCAGCUGCUCUCUGGGAGUUCCACCACUACUUCCCCUUGUCCAGUAUGCACCGAGGUCUCGUCCCCAAUGGCGUCCCCCCCAGGCUCCGCCGCCUCAAGGACAAGGACGAUUGUGUCGGUGGGGGCGGCGGCGAUUUCAAGGAUGCCCACUUCAUUGCCGAUCCCUCCCCCAGCUCCCCUGAUCAGCCGGAGAGUGCUAGUAGUUUAAGGAGGCAUGUGACUGCUUCACUUUUGCAACAUCAUCGAUUGGUUGAGAGGGGCCGCCGUGCCAUACAACCCCUUUCCCCUGCUAGCUACGGCAGUUCAAUGGAGGUAACUCCCUAUAACCCUGCAGUCACUCCUUCAAGUUCUCUCGACUACAAAGGACGGAUCAACGAUCCCCAUUGCAGCCUCAAAACAUCAACGGAGCUUUUAAAAGUCUUGAACCGCAUAUGGAGCUUGGAAGAACAGCAUACUUCCAACAUAUCACUGAUAAAAGCCCUCAAGACGGAGCUCGAUCAUGCUCGAGCGCGCAUUAAAGAGUUGCUGCGCAAUCAGCAAUCUGACCACCGAGAGAUGGAUGCCUUGAUGAAGCAGAUCGCCGAGGAUAAUCUUGUUAGGAAAACCAAGGAACAGGAUAAGAUCCAUGCAGCCGUUCAAUCUACAAGGGAGGAGUUAGAAGAUGAGCGAAAGCUCAGGAAGCGGUCGGAGAGUCUGCACAGAAAGUUGGCUCGGGAACUUUCUGAUGCCAAAAGUUCUUUAUCGAAUGCUUUGAUGGAGCUCGAGAAAGAGAGGAAGUCGAGGAAGCUAUUGGAAGAUCUCUGUGAUGAGUUUGCUAUUGGGAUCCGAGAAUAUGAACAUGAGGUUCAUGCUUUGAAACAGAAGGGCGAUAAGGAAUGGGCCCAAGAGUCCGAUCACGACCGUCUGAUUCUCCAUGUGGCAGAAUCAUGGCUCGAUGAGAGGAUGCAGAUGAAGUUAGAAGAGGCCGAGGGCGAUUUCAUGGAGAAGGGCUCGAUAGUAGAUAAGUUAAGCUUCGAAUUGGAGACAUUCCUCCAGGCAAAGAAAAAGGGUGCUCUUAGACCAAGAGAAAGGAGAAAAUCGAUGGAAUCAAUGCCCUUAAAUGAGGCAACAAGUGGGCCACGAGAUAUGGCUGGUGAGGAUGACUCUGAUGGGAGUGAUUCAAACUGUUUCGAGCUGCAAAGACAGGGCAAAGAAGAUGAGCUCAAGGCUCGUGAAGAUGAAGCUGCGGCAGAAGCUAAUAUUGAAGAGGAAAAGAUUGAGAAGGCAACAAAUCUCAUGAAGACGAAGGUUGGGCCACGGGCUAGGAGGAAAGCACGUAACCCUUCGAGCCUGCAGGUAAAAUUUGAAGAACAGAUGGCUCGGGCCCUGUUGGGUAAUCGAAGUAAGAAUUCAAAUAGAGCAGAAGCAGAGAAAGAGAGAACCAAUGAUGGGGUCCCACCUGAGAUUGGCGCAUUUGCCUAUAAGCCUGAUGAACCAGAAGGCAAGAAUAAAUCUUCUGAAAGCGUGGUCAAUGACUUCAUAAAGAAUCAAUUGAUGAUGACGGGAGUGGGCGAGAUUGAUGCUGGAGAGGCUUCCUGCAGUAACUAUUCUAAAUGGAUGACGCACACUAGUCCUGUACGACAAUGGAUGGUGGGAAACUCAUUAGCCCCUGAUCUUGAUGUCUUAGAGUCAUCCUCGAAACUUCCUCCUGCCCUCAAGGACAAUACCCUAAAAGCAAAGCUUAUGGAGGCGAGGUCUAAGGGUCAGAAAUCAAGGUUUAGGGCUCCCAAAGCAUUUGAGACGCUAUAUCCACCUUUCAUUGGGGGGAACUGGGCUCCCAAUUACGGCCUUCAGUAUCCAUCAGGGCAGUGCACAGUGUGUAAAGCGUCGGACCUGAAGUUGCGAUAAACUUUGUGACCUUGACGAACUAUCAAAGAAGACAUAAAAAGGAGGUCCCUUGAGAUGAAGUUCCGCCCGACUCCGCCGAACAUGAUCUCAUCUUUGGAUGGUGGCACAGAAUUCAAUGUAAAUGCCUGAGAAAUGAAAAGAACCUUCACCUAUCGUUGGUCAAUUUUUUGCGUACCCAUCUGCAAUUUUACAAUAUGCGAUACAGAUCAUCUAUCAUUUAUAUGAAUUCAAGAUUGAAUUCAGUUUAACCUUUUUACCAUUCCACAGUUGUUGAACCCGAAAGCACAGCUCGGGAGCUCUCCUGCAUAUGUGUAAGCGACGAAGCAGAUCUGAUUUGGCAGAGUCCCCUUUAUCAGGUAACUGCAUAUACCAAACAUAAUUCCAAUCAGAAAAUUAAGAAUUUCUCUUCACAGAUCACUUAGAGAAUGGACUGUGCUGGAGGUUUUACGUGUGGCCUAGGAGAGCGACACUGGCAUCCUCAUUGUGCGCCACGACCGCCACAGACUCAUCCACGACAA